ACUCCCGGAUCAGACGGGAGCGCGAGUUGCGCGGGCGAGACCCUGCGCUCUGAGGGUCGGCUUCCUCUCCCCCUCCCGUGCGGGCGGGGUGGUGCGUUCCGAGUUCCCAGGAGUUCGAGGCGGGCGGGUGCCGGUGGGGGGAGGGGAGUGGCGGUGGUGGUGCCGGCGGCGGCGGCGGGCGGCUCCCGCCUCAGCCUCUGCAGUGGCGUCGGCGACGGCGGAGUUGAAGCAGCCGCGAGUGCUCGGCUGAGUGUCAGCCGGCGGCGACGGCUCAAGAACUGGGAGUUAGAGACGCGCGCACCGGACCUUCCGCCGCCGCCGCCGCCCACAGCCUGAGGCGCCGGGGCCCGGGGAGCCGGGGGGCAGGAGAGCGAGCUGGCCGGGGGGAGGGUGGGGGAUGGCGCGGACCCUGGGGCCGGCUCCGCUGUGUCCCGGAGGCGGCAAAGCACAACUUUCCUCCGCUUCUCCCCCCGGGGCCGGGCUCCUGCUGCCGCCCCCGACGCCACCGCCGCUGCUGCUGCUGCUCUUCCCACUGCUGCUCUUCUCCCGGCUCUGUGGUGCCUUAGCUGGACCAGUUAUUGUGGAGCCACAUGUCACAGCAGUAUGGGGAAAGAAUGUUUCACUGAAGUGUUUAAUUGAAGGAAAUGAAACUAUAACACAAAUUUUAUGGGAGAAGAUACAUGGCAAAAGUGCACAGACUGUUGCAGUUCAUCAUCCUCAAUAUGGAUUCUCUGUUCAAGGAGAAUAUCAGGGAAGAGUCUUGUUUAAAAACUAUUCACUUAAUGAUGCAACAAUUACUCUACAUAACAUAGGAUUCUCUGAUUCUGGACAAUAUAUAUGCAAAGCUGUUACAUUCCCACUUGGAAAUGCUCAGUCCUCUACAACUGUAACUGUAUUAGUUGAACCCACUGUGAGCCUGAUAAAAGGGCCAGAUUCUUUAAUUGAUGGAGGAAAUGAAACAGUAGCAGCCAUUUGUAUCGCAGCCACUGGAAAACCAGUUGCACAUAUUGAUUGGGAAGGUGAUCUUGGCGAAAUGGAAUCCACUACGACUUCUUUUCCAAAUGAAACAGCAACAAUUGUCAGCCAAUACAAGCUUUUUCCUACCAGAUUUGCUAGAGGAAGGCGGAUUACUUGUGUUGUAAAACAUCCAGCCUUGGAAAAGGACAUCCGAUAUUCUUUCAUAUUAGACAUACAGUACGCUCCUGAGGUUUCAGUAACAGGCUAUGAUGGAAACUGGUUUGUAGGAAGAAAAGGUGUUAAUCUCAAGUGUAAUGCUGAUGCAAAUCCACCACCCUUCAAAUCUGUGUGGAGCAGGUUGGAUGGACAGUGGCCUGAUGGUUUAUUGGCUUCAGACAAUACUCUUCAUUUUGUCCAUCCACUGACUUUCAAUUAUUCUGGUGUUUAUGUCUGUAAAGUGACCAAUUCCCUUGGUCAAAGAAGUGAUCAAAAGGUCAUCUAUAUUUCAGAUGUUCCACUUAAGCAGACCUCUUCUAUAGCUGUAGCUGGAGCUGUAAUUGGAGCUGUCCUUGCCCUUUUCAUCAUUGCCAUCUUUGUGACUGUGCUGUUGACUCCUCGAAAAAAGAGACCAUCCUACCUUGACAAAGUGAUCGACCUUCCACCCACACAUAAACCACCUCCUAUGUAUGAAGGACAGUCCCCCCCUUUGCCUCAGAAAGACCUUCUAUAUCAGACUCUUCCUAAGCAGAUUCAGUUAUGGAGUCCUUGGUUAAAUUAAGCUGACCUAAAUGGAGUGUUCCUUCAGGCAGCAGCUGUCAUAUUGUGAUGUGUGCAGUGCUAGUGCGGCCUCCAUGCCUGCCACAAUGCCUGACUUACCAUCAGAGAAUAAUAAUAGAGAUAAACAGAUUAAUAAGAGAGAUUAGUAGAGAUUAAUUUAGUGAUAUAUGUUACUACCUGUUAACAUGAAAUCACUAUGGGAAGACUAACUAUUGACUAUUGACUAUUAUCAAAACAUUGACUAUUAUCAAAACAUUCCUAACAUAUUGGGACAGCAAUCUUGUAUCCUAGAAUUUCAAGGAUUGUCCUAAUUUCACAUAUUCGUGCUAUUGACUAUUAUCAAAGCAUUGACUAUUAUCAAAACAUUCCUAACAUAUUGGGACAGCAACCUUGUAUCCUAGAAUUUCCAGGAUUGUCCUAAUUUCACAUAUUCGUGCUUUAGUGUCAGUAUGUAUUUAAGUGCACCUAUCCCAAUUUUGAGACUUCUUGCACUUUCCCAAGCCUUUUCUCCAAUUUCUUAAUAGCUUCUUUCUCCAUUUCUGAUGAUUCUAAUUCAAAGUACUUUCUUCCUAUGUUUAAAAUGGCUCCUAUAUCUUAACAUCUGAAAAAUAUUCCUAAGAUAAUUAGAAGAAUAUCUAAUUUAGAAUAAAAUGUGCAAUGUGAACUAUAGGAAAAGAACUUGCCACAGUGAUAUUCACUUUCAAAAGUAAUAGGAGACAUUAAUCUUACUUACAGAACUUCAAGAAGUAGAGAGCAACCUGGGUUCUAAUUUUCUGAUCUGCUAUGUAUUAUAUCAUUUAUUUAAUAUUUCAUUUUUAUUCCCUAUUUCAUAAAAUGAUAGAGUAACUAGAAAACACAUAAGAUACAUUUAGGAAGAGCCAGAAAAUGGGGUAAUUGACCCUUUCAUUUAGUUGAUUCAGAUUUCUUAAAUAAAAUGGCAUUAGAGUCAAGAUUUUCAUUAAAGUAAAAUUUUAAGUUUGAAACCUCUUAAAUUUGAAGAAAGCAUGUUUGAAUGAACCAAUUUAAACAUUUCUAAAUAGUCCGUUGGCUUUUUCUUUUAAAAAAAAACCUCAACGAUAAAGCAUAGGCCAUAUAUAUUUUUUUAAUGCUACAAGUUAGAAAUCAGAAAUACUAAAUAAAAUUGUGUUACACUUCGUGUAUUACACUUGUCUAACACUUAGAAAUUAAAUUCAAGAUGCUUUUUGGUUUAGAAAGCUUUACAAUGUCAAAAAUUAAGAAAAAUUUAAAAAAUCUAAUAGAUGGAAAAACAUUCAAAAGGCUUUGUUUUGGAUAAAGUAGUCAAGAUCCCAGUUUAUCCUUGGGUGAAUUAACCUUAGUCAUUUGACCUAGAGCCACUAAGUUAUUCCAUUUUUUUAUGAGUAUGGGACUCUGUCACCCAGUCUGCCUUUGCAAUUUGUCAGAUGAAUUUCCAUAGUUACCAACCUACUAUAGUACAAAUUUCCUGUUCCUGGACAUGAUAGUAGACAUAGUUAGCACUCUCUUUCCCCAGAGACAUGCUGUCGCCACUGGUUAAGUUUAGUUGUGGCAUGAUUCCAGAUUUAUUUUGUUGAUUCUUUGGCACAUGUUGUCAAACCAAGAUGUUUGUCCCCUCAAUUUUAUGUACUCUGUUUGCUUUACUGAUGUUUGCUUAAUUAGGAAUAUGUGCAGGGCAAGCAAUUAGCCUAUUGUUGACUCAUUGUUUUUUAAUGUAUUGCUUGCUAUUUGGGAAUCUGACUCUGAAAAGAUAUAAGCCCCAAAGUGAUAUACGUGUUUCCUUGGGCGUAUAAAUUAAGAAGUUAAUCUUAUAAUUCAGACUAAACAGUAUUUUAUUACUGAGGAAUUAGUAAGACUUGUUGGGGGAAAAGACUUAUCCACUCUGUGGUACUUUGGUUUGAAUCAUUGGUGCUGCCUUAACAAAUAUUUUUCAAAAAUCAUUAGGCUUGUUAUCAUUCCCAUAUUUAUAAAAAUGCACAACUCACUUUCUUUACCUUUGUGUGCUGAUUACUAGCAAAUAUGUAUGUAAUAUAUUCAGGAUCACCUCUUAUGAUGACCUCCUGUAUGUCUAUUUUUUUUUUAUUCUUCAAUUUGUUAAUAUGGUGUAUCACAUUGAUUGAUUUGCAUAUAUUGAAGAAUCCUUGCAUCC